AUGAUAACUUUCGGCGCUGGACAAGGUCAUCUGAUUUGAUCAGUAGCUCCUCUCUUUCCUCUUUCUCUAUCCUCUUCUCAAAGUAGUAAAAUCAUUUCUCUCUUUUGCUGCAACUAAACGAGACAGCUUCGAUUGCCACAAGCAAUGGCGGGUUCCACCGGCGGAACCAGUUCUUCCAAUCCCUCAUUGAACCCUUCUGCUCCCAAAAUCCUAUUAGCCAAGCCAUCAGCUGGGCCGGUCCCUGGUAAAUUUGGACGCGGAGGUGGUGAAGAUGAAACGGCGCCACAUCGGGCCCGUCUCCCUCCUGUUGGUUCCCUCAACCUCCUUUCUGAUUCCUGGGAGUUCCACAUCGAUCGCUUUUUGCCCUUUUUGACUGAGAAUACUGAUUUUACCGUGGUUGGAGUCAUCGGUCCACCAGGUGUAGGCAAGUCCACGAUCAUGAACGAGCUUUAUGGUUUUGAUGGGAUCUCACCUGGGACGCUGCCACCUUUUGCUAUACAGUCGGAAGACACCAGAGCAAUGGCAAGGCAUUGUACCAUAGGUAUUGAACCAAGGAUUUCUGCUGAAAGGCUUAUACUACUUGAUACCCAGUCUGUUUUCAGUCCUUCAGUUUUAUCUGAGAUUAUGAGACCUGAUGGCUCAUCCACAGUUUCAGUACUAAGUGGUGAGUCCCUGUCUGCUGAGCUGGCUCAUGAAAUUAUGAAUAUCCAGCUUGGUGUUCUUCUAGCAUCCAUUUGUCACAUUUUGCUGGUGGUGUCUGAGGGAGUUCACGAUAACAACAUGUGGCACUUGAUGUUGACGGUUGACUUAUUGAAACAUGGCAUUCCUGAUCCAUCUUCGAUAACCCCUCUCCAUUCACAGAGCUCUACAUUGGGGCCUGACAAAGAGGUCAAAGAUAAAGUUCAUGAGGGUGAAGAGCAUAUGGCUACUCCUGUUUUUGUGCAUACAAAGCUACAAGAUCAAGAUCUUUCUCCGCCUAAUAUUGUGCAAACAAAGAAGGCACUUUUACAAUAUUUCAGCUCCUCUUCAUUUAUGAGACGUAAUUGUGGAAAUAAAGCCACUGAUCUGUCUUAUGCGACUCCGAUUAAUGCUAAGGGUACAGCAUUCUUGGAUUUAUUUGUGAUUCCAUGUAAGAACAAAGAUGACUCUCCCGGAGCUCAGUGCGAAAGCUAUGUCUCCUCACUUUGGAAAUUGCGGGAUCAGGUUUUAUCCAUGAACUGCCCUUCUUUUGCAAGGAAUGUUUCUGAACGUGACUGGUUAAAAAGUUCUGCCAGGAUAUGGGAAUUGGUGAAGAGCUCUCCUAUUAUUGCUGAGUAUAGCAGAACAUUACUAAGUUCUGGUAUGUUUAGGAGAUAACCAUUGUCAUCACCUGUAUUUGGCUUUUGUGCUGGGGAGACAAAGGAUGAUUUUCUUGAUAAGAGCUAGCGUGCUUUACUUGCUAUUUUUUAUACAAAUUAGCAUUUGUCAUGUCAAGCUUUCAAAUAUCAAAUUGUAGAUAGGGUUGCUGAAAAGAUUUUUCUAUCUAAUGUAUCAUUUGGUAUCCUGAUUGCAAGAGAAAAUCAUGACAGCAUCAUAGUUGAAAACCUCAAUGUUGGAAUAGGAUAUGAUUCUUACAAACGUGCUCAUGUGUGAAACUACAAGAAUAUUAUGCUGAAUUUCUAGCUAUCUUUCAUGAUCUAGCAAGCCAAAGGCACCUUAUAGUUCUGGUUCUAUAUAACUCGAUGGUUCAAUCCGGGUUUCAUAAGCAUGCAUGAGUAUUCCUUUUGCGCUGUGCUGAAUAUGACUGAUGGUUUGGUAUGAUUUGGUUUAUAGCUAAAUUAAAGCAGUAGAUUGUUACUUCUUCACAUCAAUAAAGUAUCAUUUCCAGUUUUUACUCCAUCAGAUAACCUUAGGUUUGGAUUUAUCACCUUUGUAAUCAUUUAUCUGAUGUAUGGAUUUGGAACUUGGAAACCUGUCAUGGUAUUCAACAACUGGACCUUUGUUGUAAUGUACUAAAAUAACAACUUAAAAAUUAAAUUAUCUGGUUUCCUUUCCUCUCUUAAAAUGUUCUUGAGUUGGCUUCAGAUGUUGAAACCUGUGCCUGCCUUUCAAUUCUCCUACUUCUCAUCUAGGGGAAUGCCCGCAGUCCACAACAACCUCUUAUUAUAAUGUAAACCCAGUUAGUCUUGGUUGCUUUAAUUUUUCUUUUGGAUUAUUAAUAGAUUAAUUUUUCCAAAGUAUGGAGUAUGCAGAAGAUUGUGUCAACUAAACUUGAAGAACUGGAAAGAGAAUUAUGAGUACAGCAAAGAAUAGAAAUAUUUGUAAGUAGUCCCAUGUUAUGCAACAUGGCACUAUAAAUUUGGAAUAAAAAACGGAAAAUAAAAAUAGAUAAAUCAAACUUUGUGUAGGGUUGCUGCCUUGGAAAAAAAAUUUCUGGAAAAAGCUCAUGAAACAGAUUUUCAUUCAAAAGUAUAUAUACAACACAAAGUUUCUUAUGUCUUCACCAGCUACAACUAUUCCAAGUAAUUUAUCUCCAACUACACUCCUUAAAAUAAGCAUAAUAACUAAAACUCUCCAUGAACAAAAAAUUCUAAGUAAAUAUCAUCAUUGUGAUUACAAAAAAAAUCAAAAUAUCAAAAAUUCUGUACUGAAAUAUCUGACAUCAUAGUUAUUCAUUAGCUUCAACAAACUCUUCACUGUAUCCUGCUUUUGUCUGCUUUUAACCUUUUUCCUUUCUUGACCAUCAACUUAACCACUCUACCCUACUUACCAUUGUUUUGAAACUCUUCGUGUUGAUGAAGUAAUCUAGCACCAAUAGUAGUAUUGUUUUGGCACCAAAAUGUAGAAAUGAAUGCUCGAAGGAAAUGGCUUCAUGUGAAAGACAUUUUUUUUAGACUUAUUUCACCUCGUUGGGAUACAAAAGAGGUUAAUCGAAAUAUUCUAUGAUAUACAAUGAA